ACAUCACUUCUUGUAUAACUGCGUUCCAGUUUGUUCCUUCGAACACACCCCUCGCCCUUCACCCCGUGACGCCCUUCGCUCUGCCCUGGUGAUAUUUGUGAGCAGCAGAGUGGAGCUAAACAUAGCUCUGACGGUACCACUCCUCAUCACAACAUACUGUGUAGACCACGGUGGGUUACAAUGGACGGUGUCCUGUUACCACAGAUGCUGCUGUAUCUCACCAGUGUCGCCGGCCAAACAAGCUAUAGCUCAGCCCUCAUUCCUGACACUGAAGAGUUUGAUUCAGUUGUGUCGAUGGCGGAGAAGCUGAAUGAGCAGGUAGCUCAUGCUGCAGAUGAGAGGUUACAGUCUGAGCUUCAGACUCUGGUAACACUUAUGAUGGAGGAGGAAAGAAAAGAAAACCAGAGUGAAGAGCUGGAUUCUUCAACACUUCAAGAAAACUCUCAGGAAACAAACCAAAAUGGGUCUGCUCUCCCUGCAGCAGCACCCAAAAGUGUGCCCAAAGAGUCUUUCACCUCCCUGUUACCAAAGGCUCUCUCAGCUGUACUACAGUCGAAACUGGCCCCAGGCCCUAACUCUGACUCCCAGCCGAGCAGACAUCCAGCUAACCUGGAACAACUGCAGACAGAGCUGAGAGACCUGAGGGGCCAGUUUGAACUGAUGAAGAGUCAGCACAACAAAGAAAUUAAACUGCUGAUGAGCGAGCUUGAUGAGGAGAAAAGGAUUCGCUUGACUUUACAGAUGGAGAUUCAACGUAUGAAGAAGCACAUGUCUAAAUGAACGGAGAACUUAACCAUCAUCAAAAACUUGUUGUCAUGUUGUACACUUACCUGAUAAGUAAUAUUUUUCUAAGUUUUAAAAAUCAUCCUUGCUCCUUUUUGAUGAAAAAAUGUGUUUUUUAAAACACUUUUUUCAUUGGAAUGGUGAGUGAGCCGGCCAAAAGUGAAUGCUUUUACUAAGUAGUUGCUAAAAGUCCAGAGGUGAGGCACAGUGGGAGCAGACAUCUGGUUGACCAUUCGUAUUUAGAAAUGAGCAGGAGAUAUCCCUGUUACACAUUCAGUUUGUUUUUGUUCUAGUGUCGGACUCUUAAUGACUUUUGCAUCCUGUGUUGGGGAAAUGUUUUGUGUCUUUAAGUGUGUUGAAGAUCAUCACUUUUGAAUUUUUUUUUAAAAAAAAAAUCAUCUUUCUUUUAGCCAUCCUUGUAGAAAACAUUUAACAGUGAAACUGAGAGGAAGACAUUAACUGAGAGCCAACAGUUUAUCUGCAGGCAUGUGGCCUCCGCUCUCAUAAGUUUGUAAUAAUGUGAUGCUGAGGCACAAACAUGAAUAUGCAAAUAUGCAAAAUUAAAAAAAAAAAAAAAAAAGCUAAAAAUUUGCCUUUUAAUUGUUCAAAAAAAUGACUGACCAAGCUGUCAGUGAAUUGUUGAUGUGUAGGAGAAUUUUGAAUUCAUUAAAAAUGUUGCUCAUUAUUGACUUUUUAUUAAUAAUUACAGAUACAUCCUUAUACACAAAUAAAUAUAUAUAGUUACAAGUGAUGUCAUAUGUUACAAAAUAUCUGUAUUUAAUUAAGGAAAUAUCUUCUAGACGAUAAGGCCAGUACUUUGUGUGUGGGGAAAAAAAAUCAGGGAUCAAAUUUUUCAUUUCAUGACAGUAAUUGGUAAAUUGUUAAUACUUUUGCUUUUUCAGUCUUAAUGGGAAAUGUGUGAUUCUACAAAAUAAUAAGUUUUGGUCAGGAAUAUGUUUGAUAAUCAUCAGUUUAACUGUCUCGCUCAGUCUCAAUAAACCACAAGCUUAACAAAA